GAGCUCGGACGCCCAGGCCUUGGUGAGGGCGAGCUCACUGUUUACGGUGGUUGAGACCUUCUGGGAGAUACUGCGGCUUAACAUCUCCCUGUCCUUUCUGCGGUCGUUCAUGAGGUGGUGGUGGGAUACCACCAACACCUUCCAUUUUCCUUGGGGCGAGAUGACGAUCACUCCUGAGGACUACACAGCUUUGACGGGCUUGACCUUUACAGGGAACCCCGUUCGUCUGAGUUCGGAUGGCCCAUCGCCGACUGUUGCUGAGGGUACCAGGCUCCUGGGCUCGUGGAUGGGUAGUAGAUUACCUUCGUACCAGCCCCGUGGGAUACCUUUCGCUGACCUGAUGUGGGCUUUGGAGCAUGGGGUAGAGGAGUCGCCUUCGAGACAGGCUCGGCUGUUCUACCUCCAUUUUAUUACUUCCACUUUUCUAUCGGGUCCGACUGACACCUUUGACCCGAGGUGGAUAGGCAUGGUGGAGGACGUGUCUACACUGGGUGACUAUCGCUGGGGCGAUUUGGGCUAUGCGACGCUUGUCGGCCAGAUGAGUUUGUCGGUGCGCGACUCGGACCCGAGUAGACGUCACUUUGUGAUUACAUUAGCGGGAGUGCCGCGUUUGAUCGAGCUGUGGGCCUUUGAGCACUUACCUUGGCUGGCUCCCCGAAAGGGGCAGAGGCCUUUGGAGUUCCCUGCCGGUCGCCGUUGGGGUUGGAAGAAGAAGCUGACAGUGCGUCCACCCCCCGAUACCGUGUGGCAUCUUAUCCAGGACGGGAACCCUGAGCAUGUGGUUUGGACCCCAUAG